CACUGGUCGACGCUAGGAAGAAGAAGAAGAAAAUAAUUUGCCACAAUCACAAUUUAAUUUCUUUAGUUUUUUGGGUUUUUAUUAAAAUUAAGAGCACGCACCGAAUCAAAAAGGCGGACAGUGGCAGCCGAACUGAGUUUUCAAUCAGAAGAUAAUAGUCAAUUAAGUGGUUUGCCAAUUUGCCCCGAACACAGAGCAAAGCAACAACAACACCCACACUAAAUACAAAUUUUCAGUUCUUCGCCAGAUGUUCAUACGUCGCCUCGCCAUCAACCGAAACCGAAUUUCCACUCGCAACCGAUUCUUCCAGGCUUCCAACUGAACUCCACCAUGGACGUAUCCGCAUCCACGUCGUUUGAAUCCUCGCCGGACAAGCGGAGCAGCACCUAUGUGGGCGACAAUACCUUAUAUGACAGUGCCCUGGACCACCAGCUGUCCACCACGGCCUACAAGUCCUGUAAUGAGAGCCUUGUCAGCCCCUUAAGUUCGGCCAACAAAACAGCCAGUGCGGAAUUUGGCAAUGAAUCGGCCGUCUUCAAGGCUUUUGGAUCCCCGGCGUCGGCAGCUUUCAACAGUCCUACGCCAGCUCUCAAUGCCAGCAUGCUGCUGAUUCAGUCCGAGAGCACCGACACAAAUACCUCGCAGGAGGAGGUGGACCCCAAGUCGCAGCUGGCCAACAAGACAAUAUUCAAGACGGAUAAUCCCAACCUGUCAAUUAUAGAGAUUAACGAUAACUCGAUUAAGGAGGAGGACCUCGAGAAGGUGGUGCUGGUGGAGGGCGACAGUGUAAAGAACCUACUGAAGAAGUCGCCCAGCAAAGACACUACGGCCAACGCGGACAAGAGACGCCGCAAGGAGUCGCUGCUGCAGACGAGCAAGCAAAAGCUGGACAUCUCCAUUGCCGAGGCCUCGGCGGCCGCUGAUGGCGAUGGCGAGAAGCGGGAUCUGGUGCCGGUCAUCGAUCAGCCGCCGCAGACCAAGCGCGAAAUCACAAUCUACGACACCAUCGAGGAGUUCGAACAGAAUCUGCCGUCGACGGUGACGCUGCUCAACACGCCAUUCGGCAGCAAGGUCUAUCUCGUGGGCACGGCCCACUUUAGUGAGGAGUCGCAGGAUGACGUCUCAUUUGUCAUUCGCAAUGUCCGUCCAGAUGUGGUCAUGGUUGAGCUGUGUCCAUCGCGUAUACACAUCCUGAAGCUCGAUGAAAAAACGCUGUUGGAAGAGGCCAAGAGCAUCAAUAUUCCCAAGAUUCGCGGAAUCCUGCACACUCAUGGCUACAUCAACGGCAUCUUCUUCAUCCUGCUGCUGCAGAUGAGCGCCCAGAUCGCCAAAGAUUUGGGAAUGGCACCGGGCGGCGAGUUUCGGCGUGCCUUCGAGGAGAUCCACAAGCUGCCUGGCUGCAUCCUGCACCUGGGCGAUCGUCCCAUCCGCAUCACACUGUACCGCGCCCUGCGUGCUUUGUCCCUGUGGCAGACGAUGAAGCUGGUCUGGCGCCUGACCUUCACCGACAGCAUCAGCAUCGAGGAGGUGGAGGAGUGCAAGCAAAGCGAUCUGCUGGAGAAGCUGAUGCAGGAGAUGGCCGGCGAGUUUCCCGCCUUCUCUGACGUUUUCGUGCGCGAGCGCGACCUUUUCCUGUGCCACUCGCUGCAGCUGGCUGCACUGCCACAGGCGGCGCCGGGUGCCCAGCAGAUCCGUCCGGUACGCGUGGUCGGAGUUGUGGGCAUCGGCCAUGCCAAUGGCAUUGCCAAGAUGUGGGGCACCGUGGACCCCAAGAAGAUUCCGGCCAUUCUCGAAAUUCCACCGGCCAGCCUGGGCCAACGCGUCUGCAAAUAUACGCUGAAGUACGGGUUAAUUGGCCUGGGAUGCUACGGUGCCUUCCGCUUUUUCCGGCCCCGCCUGACCCGCUUCUUUUAGAUGGACUGUGGACCAAGCAUGAGGCGACUGUGUAUCCCCUGCGUCUGCUACGUUGUUGAUUUUGUUUUUAGUACAUAACGAACGAAUCCCUGCGCUGAUUUACACAUUUAGGCGUACGCAGAUGAAGCGAAUUAGUUGUAUUGUAUUUUAUUGUACAAUGAUGUUUUGAUAGACUCGUUUAUAUACGAAAUAUAUCCCUGGAUGUAUA